GCAAGGACUUGUAGAGCUCGUCACUGACUUCAAGCUGACAAGACCGACUUCAGCGAGUCCUCUCGGUCGGUUUGCCUUGUAGCCGUUGAGUCCUACGACCUAAUGGCCAGUCGAGCUCUUGGUACACGCAUCACGUCUACUACUCCUGCAGGUACCGCACAUUUUUACUCCAAAAACUCUCUCCACGUCCCGGUAUCACCCUGUCGUGCUUCCUUUCCUCCUGUCCUGACAUCCCGAUCCACGAAAAGGACUGUUGUCACUUCCGGCCUCUCCUCUAGGGACACACAGCACCCUCUCUCUGCUAUCCACCGAGCCCUCUCUUCUUGUUCCUCAGUGACGAGUCGAACGAGACACUUGUCAAGCACGAGAACCAUGGGUGCCACCAAGAUAGAUGGAAAGGCGAUCGCUCAGAAGAUCAGAGAGCGUCUGGCCAACGAGAUCAAGGAGAAGCAAAAGUCUAAUCCGCGUUACAAGCCAUGCUUGAAGAUCAUACAGGUGGGAGACCGACCAGACUCGACCACCUAUGUGCGCAUGAAGUUGAAGGCAGCCGAGGAGGCUGGUAUUGACUGUGCACUGUCACACCUUCCUUCCGAAAUCUCUGAGCCUGAACUGUUGCAACAAAUCACCGAAUAUAACAAUGACCCCUCUGUCCACGGUAUCCUUGUCCAACUACCCCUUCCCAAGCACAUCUCGGAACAUGCUAUCACUUCUGCCGUUCUGGACGAGAAAGAUGUGGAUGGUUUUGGUACUUACAAUAUUGGUGAGCUUGCAAAAAGAGGUGGAAAGCCGUUCUUCGUCCCUUGCACACCGAAGGGAGUCAUGGUGCUCUUGGAAGAAAGCGGCGUCGAGAUCAAAGGCAAAACAGCUGUGGUUCUCGGUCGGAGUGAUAUUGUAGGCAGUCCGGUGAGCUAUCUUCUGAAGAAUGCAGAUGCUACUGUCACGGUCUGCCAUUCCAAGACACAGAAUCUUAAAGAGGUGGUCAAGCAAGCUGAUAUUUUGGUGGCUGCAAUUGGUCAAGCCCAUUUUGUCAAGGGAGACUGGCUGAAGCCUGGCGUGGUGGUAAUUGAUGUUGGUACAAACUAUAUCCCGGACUCUUCGAAGUCGUCGGGCCAGCGUCUAGUUGGCGACGUUGACUUUGAGGCUGCAGUCGAGGUGGCUUCCCAGAUCACUCCAGUUCCCGGCGGUGUUGGCCCGAUGACGGUUGCAAUGCUAAUGCAAAACGUGGUUGAGUCGGCCUCUGCGUACUUUGAUCGUCUGAAAGGUCGACACAUUACCCCGCUGCCCAUCAAAUUGCAGUCACCCGUUCCAUCCGAUAUCGCCAUCUCCAGGUCACAGCACCCCCGACACAUCACACACAUUGCUUCUGACAUUGGCAUCUCUCCUAAUGAAUUGGAGCCUUACGGUGCGUACAAAGCAAAGGUCGACCUUUCUCUCCUCUCCAGAUUGCAACACCGUAAGAAUGGAAAGUAUAUCCUUGUCAGUGGUAUCACUCCUACUCCGUUGGGAGAAGGAAAAUCGACAACCACUAUGGGCUUGACGCAGGCUUUGGGUGCACAUCUAGGCAAAGUGACAUUUGCGAAUGUCCGACAACCUAGUAUGGGACCAACUUUUGGAAUCAAGGGAGGUGCAGCAGGAGGUGGCUACAGUCAAGUCAUUCCAAUGGAUGAGUUCAACCUUCAUCUUACUGGUGACAUUCACGCUAUCACCGCUGCAAACAACCUCCUAGCUGCCGCAAUUGAUACUCGCAUGUUUCACGAGUCAACGCAAAAGGACGGGCCACUCUACAAGCGCUUAGUGCCAAGCAAGAAAGGGAAGCGAGAAUUUGCUCCGGUCAUGUUCCGAAGAUUGAAGAAGCUUGGGAUUGAUAAGACAAACCCAGAUGAUUUGACCGAAGAUGAAAUUCGUCGCUUUGCGCGAUUGGACAUUGAUCCUGAAACGAUCACCUGGAGAAGAGUCCUUGAUGUUAACGACAGACAUUUGAGAGGCAUCACGAUUGGUCAAGCUCCCACAGAAAAGGGGCAUACUCGACAGACUGCGUUCGACAUUUCUGUUGCCAGCGAGUGUAUGGCUAUUCUCGCGCUCAGUAACGACCUCAACGAUCUCCGGGAGCGUCUUGGCAGAAUGGUCAUUGGAUUUUCCAAGGCUGGCGAUCCGGUCACUUGCGAUGAUAUUGGUGCAGGUGGCGCACUUACCGCGCUCAUGAGAGAUGCCAUCAAACCCAACCUCAUGCAAAGUCUCGAAGGCACUCCAGUCUUCGUGCAUGCUGGUCCAUUCGCCAAUAUCAGUAUCGGAAACAGCUCCGUGCUAGCUGACAAGUUGGCGUUGAAGCUGGCCGGAACUGAGCCAGACGAAGACCAUGAAGCCAAGGCCGGAUUCGUCGUGACCGAGGCUGGCUUCGACUUCACCAUGGGUGGUGAGAGAUUCUUCAACAUCAAGUGCAGAUCUUCUGGCCUCGUGCCCGAUGUCGUUGUGGUGGUUGCCACGAUUCGAGCUCUCAAGGUCCACGGUGGUGGUCCCGAGAUCUCAGCAGGCGCACCACUUCCUGAGGCGUACCGCACCGAGAACAUUGACAUGCUCAGGGCCGGCUGUGUGAACCUCAAGAAACAUAUUGCCAACGCCAAAUCGUACGGUGUACCCGUAGUCGUUGCCAUCAACAAAUUCGAGACAGACACCGAGGCGGAACUGAAGGUCAUUGAGGAAGAAGCCCUCUCUGCCGGGGCCGAAGCGGCGGUCCCUGCCAACCACUGGGCAGAAGGUGGCGCCGGCGCCGUGGACCUGGCCAGAGCCGUCAUCGACGCAUCAUCCAGGCCAAAGGACUUCAAGCUCCUGUACUCUCUCGACGGCAGUGUACAGGAGCGCAUCGAGAAGAUUGGCAAGGAAAUGUACGGUGCCGCGGCGGUCGAGUUUAGCGAAGUGGCCCAGAAAAAGGUCGACAUGUACAACCAGACUGGGUUUGGAAACCUGCCCAUUUGCAUUGCAAAGACACAAUACAGUCUCAGCCACGAUCCGGCCCUGAAGGGCGCUCCGUCUGGCUUUACUGUCCCCAUUCGGGACGUCAGACUCGCUGCCGGAGCUUCUUAUCUAUAUGCUCUUGCUGCCGAUAUUCAAACGAUCCCAGGUCUUCCAACCGCACCGGGAUACUUGAAUGUAGAUGUGGACUCUGAAACCGGCGAAAUCGACGGACUGUUCUAAGUUUCAUGUGUUACGGUCGGCGGUUUUGGAAAUUUCACCACAUGUAAUAGGGAUGAUUUGUAACGAUUUUCAACAACAAACAACAACCACGAAGAGAUACCCAACAUUCACCAUAUUGGUAGACAAAAGAAUUUAGUUAUAGGAUGAACAAAGGGCUUUUUUUCAAAUUUUCAAGAAAAGCGAAUUGAUUGUUCCGUCGCCCUGGCUUUUUUUUCAAUAGCGCUGUCCGAAUCCUUUCACAUUCCUCAUCCUCGAGACCAACGUG